GUAGGUUCCACAAUGGUACAGCCAGCAUCACGCUGCACAAUGGUUUCCAGGCAGUGAAAGAGCGUGAUUCAGCAAGCCAAUCUUUUUUUUUUUUUUUCUUUUUUUUUUUUUCUUCCUUUAUUUCAUUAUUAUCAGACAUUUUGCCUUCCCUUUUUCUGUUCUGCUCUACCCUCUCUCCCAGGCUUUUAUUUAGUUCUUUAAAUGAAAACAGUGAUUUACGUUGAAUCCAACUGCCCAUCUUUUUAUUCUUUAUUAUUAUUAUUAUCGUCAUAAAUAGCCCAUCUUUUCCUCGCCACUGUUUGGAAUGUGAUUUUUAAAAAUACCACCUACAGUCGCAGAUUGGGGAAAAGGUUUCUGGACGAGGAAAAUAGCUUGCAAGCACGGAAUGGGCUAGUAUUAGAAACCUGUACCAGCAGCAGGCCGGACUCAAAUAUCAGCUAUGGCAACCCAUGCAUGAAGUUGAUGCCUUUGAACCAUUUCCUAUAGAUGAGACAUAGCACAUGCUGUGCUGUCUUCCACUGGGACAGAGGUGAAACUUCGCCAGGCUGCAUUUGUUGAGCAUUGGUCCCCAGAUUUGCAGCUCUUCCCGGGAAGACCUCAGAACAGAACAAUUACAAGUCACCUGGACAAAAUGUAACUUCACUGUCACUGUCCUAUCCCUGGUAUUUAUGAGCCGCCAUUUCUUGUAUUAUUGUGGUGAACCUACUCUGGAUGUGAAGAUUGCCUUUUGUCAGGGAUUUGGAAAACAAGUGGAUGUGUCAUAUAUUGCCAAACAUUACAACAUGAGCAAAAGCAAAGUAGACAACCAGUUCUACAGCGUGGAAGUAGGUGACUCAACCUUCACAGUUCUCAAACGCUACCAGAACUUGAAACCUAUUGGCUCUGGGGCUCAGGGAAUAGUUUGUGCUGCAUAUGAUGCCGUCCUUGACAGAAACGUGGCCAUUAAGAAGCUCAGCAGACCAUUCCAGAACCAAACUCAUGCCAAGCGAGCUUACAGGGAGCUCGUCCUCAUGAAGUGUGUGAAUCAUAAAAAUAUUAUCAGUUUAUUAAAUGUCUUCACACCACAGAAAUCUCUGGAGGAGUUCCAGGAUGUUUACCUGGUAAUGGAGUUAAUGGAUGCCAAUCUAUGCCAGGUCAUUCAGAUGGAACUAGACCAUGAACGUAUGUCUUAUCUACUGUACCAAAUGCUCUGUGGUAUCAAGCAUCUUCACUCUGCAGGAAUUAUUCACAGGGAUUUAAAACCAAGUAAUAUUGUGGUAAAAUCUGACUGCACGUUGAAGAUUUUGGAUUUUGGGCUGGCCAGGACUGCGGGUACUAGCUUCAUGAUGACUCCCUAUGUGGUGACACGUUACUACAGAGCACCAGAGGUCAUCUUGGGAAUGGGCUACAAGGAGAACGUGGAUAUAUGGUCUGUGGGAUGCAUUAUGGGAGAAAUGGUUCGCCACAAAAUCCUCUUUCCAGGAAGGGACUAUAUUGAUCAGUGGAAUAAAGUUAUUGAGCAGCUGGGAACACCCUGUCCAGAAUUCAUGAAGAAGCUGCAGCCAACAGUACGGAACUACGUUGAGAACAGACCCAAGUAUGCUGGCCUCACUUUCCCCAAACUUUUUCCAGACUCUCUCUUCCCGGCUGACUCGGAACACAACAAACUCAAAGCCAGCCAAGCCAGGGACCUUUUAUCAAAGAUGCUAGUCAUUGAUCCAGCCAAGCGAAUAUCAGUAGAUGAAGCCUUACAGCAUCCAUACAUUAAUGUCUGGUAUGACCCAGCAGAAGUGGAGGCGCCUCCUCCUCAGAUAUAUGAUAAACAGCUGGAUGAAAGGGAACAUACAAUUGAGGAAUGGAAAGAACUCAUCUACAAAGAAGUAAUGAAUUCUGAAGAAAAGACUAAAAAUGGUGUAGUAAAAGGACAGCCUUCUCCUUCAGGUGCAGCAGUGAACAGCAGUGAAAGCCUCCCUCCAUCCUCAUCUGUCAAUGACAUCUCAUCCAUGUCCACGGAUCAAACACUGGCGUCUGACACAGACAGCAGCCUGGAAGCUUCUGCGGGACCCCUUGGUUGUUGCAGGUGACUAGCCGCCUGCCUGCGAAACCCAGCGUUCUUCAGAGGAUGAUGUAAUUUAGGAGGAAAAAUUAACAGGAGUUAAGAGAUGAAAAGGAAGAGAAUUAAAAUACAAAAAUUUAACCGAAACAAACAAACAAAAUCUUUUCAGCCUGCUUCUCCUACAGAGUUAUGUAAUGCAGCUAAGCUCAAGUGUAUAUUUAACUUAUAGUUGCUCUGCUUUGGUCUUCUUCCAGUGAUGCUUACCGGGGGGAAAGGAAAAAAGGAACUGAAAAAUCCUUUUUUUUAUCCCCUCCCCAUAAGAUGUAAAAUUAAUGGCUGCAAAACCAGCAACCUGCAACUGUCCUUUUCACACUGGCAUGACAAGGUGUGCAGUAGUCACUCUCAAACAUACGGGUGUGUAUCUGCCUUCACUCUCUGUUCUGUCGUCUUCUGCCCAGUGAUGCAGAUAGGGAUAUACAUACAUUUUUCUUCAUAUACCAAUAGCGCACACACACAGGUGCCAAUAGAAUUCUGGCAGUGUAUGCAGCUGUGUGCCUAUAGGAACACACAUAUCUGCAUACGGACUUAGUGUGCACUCCGCAACUACAAAUGGCCCAUUUCAGGUGAACUGCAUAACUACAUCUGUGAUAUUACUGGUAUAUAUUAUAUUUGUUUAUUCAUCAAUGAGGUUGCAUAUCUUGUAUGAGGAUUUGUGGAAGUGUAAAUAACCACAUUGAACUGUGGCUCCCUCAGACACUUGAAGAUGUAGCACCAAAAUUUCUGCUGAGAUUUGUAUAUAUAUUUUGAAAUAAUAAGCAGUUUGUAUUGAAAGAAGAAGCUACAGAGCUUCAUAGAAAAAUGUUUGUGAAUGUUAAGACUUGUUGUUAUGAUUUUUAGAGCAGAUACGCCAAGCUAAGACCAAGUUAGAAAGAAGCACAUGUAUCUUUGCAAGCUACAGGGAACAAAAACAAAGGGGGUUUUAUGCAUGUCCAAGCCCAGAAGGAUUUAUCUCAGUAAGCAACUUUUCAUGCCAAUGCCAAGUGAGUUAUCAUCUUAGUUCAUAGAUAGGUUUGCUAUUAUGAAUUACAUGUAUUCAUAAUACAUGUGGCUUCUAUGUUAGGGAGUAUGACAGGGUUGGGGAAAACGCAGAAAAAUAUCAAAAGGACAUGCAACAACUUGUUUUUAUUUUACUUCUAGGUCUUUAGUAGGUUAAAUAUUUGCAACCCACUCCCUCUCUAAUGUAUGUUUGCAGGUUAGAGGUUGUUUUCCCUUUAAAUCAUUCCUUGCAGGGAUCUCUAUCACUUAGACAACAGGUCUUCUCUAGGUGCUUUUGGCUGUUCCUACACUUGUGACAAAUCAUCUGACUCCCCCAGGAAGUCUUAUCAGCUGUGUUACAUGGAAAAGAACCACAGAGUGCACAGGUCUAGUAUUCCUAUAUUCUAAGUAAUAGCAGAGGAUAUCAAUCAGCUAGUGCGGUGGGCUGACAGGGUCUCAAUCAAGGGUCUUAGGCAGUUUUGGCAGAAGAAUCCAAAAGUGACUGAAACUGAUUUUACCAGGUAAUAAUACAUAGGAUUCGCAGUGGUAAGUAACAGCUAGUGUUUUUAUCAGAGAAUGGCAAAGCUCCACACAGAAUGUCAGAACAACUGAGUAGUUUUCCAGCUAAAACAUCAAUUAGCAUUUCCCAGUGCAAGGUCAUCACUACCUGAGUUGGAAACUAACUAAAAUCUGAGUCAUCUCUCCUCUUACCGAAGUGUGCCAUGUAAACUGAAAUGAGCUAAAUCAUACUCCAAUGCGUUUCCAAAUGCCAAAGAGAGAAACUGUUUAGGCUAUAUUACUGGAUAUUUUAAAUUCAUUGAUUCUUAUGUAUUCAAAAUUCUACCACAAUACGACUGUUCUAUUAGGUAGCUUACAAGCCUGCCAUUCUGUGGUAGGAAAAAGACCUGAGUAUCAAGUCCAGUUUUGUUCAAAGGGAAGGAAGCAAAGCAAAAAAUAUUCUCUCUAGGGUGGGGAGGAACGGAGGUAAAAAUUAAGUGGGUAUAAAAUAAUUUCAGACUUGGUAGGCCUGAGCUGUCUCAAAAUUGCUGUAGGAAAUGUUUUGUGGUUUUUUCCCAGGUAUAUUUUUUGUAGAUUUUUAUGGAAAUUUUUUUGAGAAUAAGAUUAGGUCGAUAAUGUUCUAAAGUAAUCGUAAAAGCAAUAAUUUACUACUGCUAAAAAUAUUUAGCAAUAUUCUCUCUUAAGCCAUGAAAUAUCAAGUUAUUGUUGAGUGAUGUAUCUCUCACUUCAAAGCCUAUGAUCAUAAGUGUAUUGAAAGGUAAACAGCAACACUUUGUAGGUAUGAAGGCAAUAACACCAAGGGUGACUUCUUAGCAAUAAUGAAAUGUAUCACCUCCAGAUUUAAUUCACCACAGAUAUUUAUCAAUACUAUUCAGGUAACUAGUAUCUGCUUUACAUUCUUUAAUGUGCACUAUUUGGGUGUGUUAUUUAAACAAAACGAAAGCGUCUCAAAGAGGCAAAGCUGUAUGUAAGAGAAACUGCAAAAAUACCACAAAUGUAGACCAUAGAAACUUGGAAUAAUCACAGUUCAUUGACAGUGAUAUUAUGAAGAUAUGGCAUAGGCAAUAACAGAGAAGCCGUUUAUAGUAGACAGAUGCUUACAGGUCUCCCAUGUUUCAUCUAUCAAAGUCAAAAAAUGUGCUUUUAGUCCCAUGGUAUAAUUCAGACUUUUUUAGGUUUGUGAAGUGCAGGGUAGAGAACCAAUCACCAUAGAAGAUGUCCUAGUAAUUGGCAUUAAAUAAACCCACAGCAUAGAAAUUAUAUCGCUUUAUUCCCAAAAGCCCUGAUUCUGCUAAGCACCCAUGACUGUACAGACAUUUAAUGGAGACUAUAGGGAUGCAUACAUAAUUUUAACUGUCAUGUGCUUUUGUCCCUUGCUCAGCAAUGAUCAACAUCAGCAUGUGCUUAAGUGCCUUGCUGAAAUGGGGCCUAAAAGAAUUACUGCAUCUCUUUUUGUCCUCAAAUUAGUUAGUCUCCUUUAUGAGAAGCUUUAUCUGGGAGAGGAGACUUGGGCUGUCCACAUUGGACACUAGAGAAAAAAAGCCAUCAGUGAAGAAAAGCAAUAGUUCUUUACAGUUCUAGUCCUUGUAUGUCCAAACUGAAGUAGCAACCGUUGAACAGGAAUAGUAUCCUUUGUUCUGCUUUGUGUCAAGAAGUUGGUGCUGUCAGCUGAUUCCUUACGAGAAUGCAUGUACUCUUGAAUAAAAAUUGUAGUGAUGAUGUUCUGUGGCUGUCUUAAGGUAAACAAUUUUUUACUUUUAGAUUCUAGAAGUUUUUGAUACCCUUCUCUUCAAGUUCAUUCCCCUUUAUUCCCAUACUCUGUUAAGUCUGAUAUUGCUUUUAUUUUUUGCCAGCGAUCUUUUAAAUCUACCUCUGUUUAAAAUAUUACUAAAUAGUACUCGAGUAAUAAAUUUCAGCUCAUUCUCUGAGGUUUACAGUUCUAAGCAUAAUUGCCACCACUGGAGAAAUGUAGGAAAUUGGGAAGCCAGAGAUCUAUGUACAGAUGUUCCAAGAUAUUUAGGUACUAAAGGAGUAACCAGAGACCCUAUGCCAGAAGUGGCAUAUCUUCCAUCAGCAUGAAUGGCAGCUGGACACUUUGGUAUUUUUGAAAUUGUGCCUAAGAGCCUGUUGGUAUCUUAAGUGCCUGAAUACAUGAAGAAAUUCUGUCCCAAGUGGCUUAAGUCAUGUAGAUAGCCAUCAGCAAGAUGAGGAAAAUGGCAGAAGCAUCUUAACUAUCAGUGGCUGCUCAGAGCACUAGCUGCAAAAAACAGCAUUGAUAAAGUGGAGAGAAAAGUUGCUGCAAAACAUUCCUGCUUUAUUUUCAGAUGGAGUACUUCUGGAUAGUAUGAGAAACGAGAAAAGGGAGAAAAAAAAAAAGUCAGAAUUGCUCUUAAAAGACACUUCCUCAAUUUUCCUUCUCCCUGAUGAGCUUGAAUGAGGGUGAGGUAUUGAUUUACUUCAAGUUGAUGCAAGGCUAUGAUUGUUUUCAAUCAAAAAAUUUCUGUAAUCUUUGAAGUCAGUCUUCAGCUGGAAUAGUAUCUUGUGAGUUUUGACUAUAUUCCAUUAAAAUGUAACAGAUCUUUGGAGAAUUCAGAUAUUUCAGUUGGUCACACACUGAUUUCUAUGAAUCACAUUGUGGUUGAUAAUCCUCCCAUGCUAUCUAGAAUUCCAUGGCACAGAUAAAUUCUGAAAUCUUAGCAUGCUUGCAUUGUAUAAAGUGGAGCUUAAAUUGGAGUGCAAGUAUGGUAACAUGGCAAAAAAAAAAAAAAGCUACAGAAAGCCUAAUCAGGUACUUACCUAAUGCACUAGUGGUUUUCCUUUGGAAAUCACCAGUUCCUGCAUAAUAUUGGCCUCCAGAGAAGACACAAGACAGAUGACCAUGUCACUGUAUCACUCUUCUAAACUUAUAACUGAUAGAUUCAUUUAUAUGGUUUUAUCUUCAUAUAUAUUGCUUUACCUUCAAGUUUUGGACUAACAAUACUGAAGAUAUUAGACUUGUUGCAGUACCUUCAGGAAGUUUACCAAAGUAGUGCUACUUGACUGAUUUGGAUUAUAUUCUAAUGUUAGUCAGUAAGCACCAGUGAUUUCUUUUCCAACAACAUUUUUUCUCAUGAAAAAUAUGCUAAUAGUCAAUUUUAGAACUGCCUGAGUCAAUUUCAGCAAAUCUCCCAAACUCCUUAUAAAAAAAAAAAAGUGUUUUGAGUAUCCUGAAAUAAUUGUAAAAUGUAUUUGCAAUAUUUUAAUUCAAAAUAAGUUUUAACAGCCAAUUGUUGUUUAUUACAAACUUUGCAGUAUUUCAAACAAUCAAAAACGAUUCUAGUUUCAGAUCUGUCAAUAGUUCUUUCUUCAUGAUUAUUGAGAUGUUAAAAUUUUGCAUGAAUUCAAACAUGCAAAAACAACAACAACAACAAAGGGAUUUUGCAACAAAUUCUGUGUGCUUCCCGGGACAGCAGUAUGAAAAAAAACCCUGCAGGGAAGAAUUAGACUUUUCUUUCAAUAGUCCAGCAGAAAGUCGGAGUUUAAGUUUAGGCUUCUGUUUUUCUUUGCUUUCAUAUGUGUGUGUAGGAAAGAGAGGGAGUGCAUCUGGAAUGCAUCUGGAACCCGUGUUCUUUUCAUACUUGAUCCAAGUUCUCAGUCUGGAUAAAGAAUGUAAUUGUAAUGUAAUCACACAUCUUCAAGAAUCUGAUGGCUGUGCUUAUUUGAACUUCCACCACUUUAUAAAGGACAUAGUUAACUAAUUGGAAGCUCAAGGUAACCUUUUUCACACACACACACAAAAAGAAAUUCAUUGUGCAGUAGGUUUGAAUAUUCCACAAAUAUGUAAUGUCUUAAUUCGUAAGAUGCCUGGGGGAGGCAGGGGAAUGGUGAAUGUGUCAUCUUCACUGAUAAGCUGGAAAACAGACUUGUCCAGUGGAAUUUAGUGAAAUCUGCUGAGUAUAUUUGCCAAUGUGGGCUGAUAUUUUAAUUUUUUUUUUUUUAUUUUUUAAAUUAACUAUUGAUUGCAAGAGGUGAACUGUUUAACUUAAUUUAUGUUCAGGCUCAUUGACCCAUGGCAAGUUUGAGUUUUAAAGAGGUUUUGAUUCAACAAAAGGAUGUUGAAAAACUUCAGCUGAGGCUAAUGGUGUCUUUUAUCUGAGGGAGAAAAGCUGAAAAGCAUGUAUUGAAGGAAGACACAGUCAAUUUGGGAAAUAAAUGUAUCCCUAUCAUGCUUAUUGUUUCAGACAGGUAGCCUGUCUCUCUUGCUAAUUUUCACUGAACAGGGCCAUUCUUGUCUUCUGGAAAGCAAGAUAUUUAUAAUGUAAAUAGUUGUAUUGAAUUUUUUUUCUCUCCUUUAUCUGUAACUAAUAUGUAAUAAUCCAACAUGCUAUUUCUGUUAAAUCUUCUACGAUAAGGUCACUGUAUGCUUAAAUAUGGUUGACCUCUGACCUGUUCCUAAGUCAGUCACACGCUGAAAAGGUGGGUGCUGGAGGUUCUAGUGUACAUACAGAAUCAUGUAUAUUUAGUAAAUUGAGUAAGUGGGACUUAUGGCCAGUAUACAUUAAGCCACAACAGUAACAGAGCUCCAGAUCUUAACUAGCAAAAACAACUGUUCACCUUGCCAUGUCCAUUCUGUAAUAAGAUCUAAGUUGCACCUGCCUGUAGUUCUGCAUGAUCAGACUUCAAAAUAUAACUAACAAGAUCUGUAAUGUAUCAGUGUUGAUAAACGUAGAUGUAAAAAAAAAAAAAAAAAUUUUAAAAAGAAAACCAACAAAAGAAAAUCAACAACAACAGUUCAGUAUCAAGACUGGAAGAUGAAACAUGUCCGAUUUUGUUGCGCAAAAAGAAAAGCUGAAAAGAACAACCAGUGUCAGUCAGCAUAAAUGGACUGCAGUAGUGACAUUUGUUAAGGAACCAACCUUAUUUCCAUAUUGUUUUGUUCUUACCCUGUUUUCCUUUGACCAUCUGUUGUUCCCUGUGUGUAGUACAGGGGAGAACAGAGACUCAGUCAUCAGUGUUUUAUGGGUCAAUGUCGCAUCAACGAUUUCUGAUUUCUGUUCAUUUAGCAAUUACUGAACUAAGUGGGACUCUCAUGUUCUCCCAUGUGUCAAAAGGAAUCCUGUCAGAGCUUCCUCAUGAGGAUACUCUUCUCACUGCUGUCUUGACUCCUGUCAGUUGAAUGACUUUGCAGUGUUCCCAAUAAACAGCACAACACAGCAAACCAUAUUGAUUGAGGGCUUUAUUAUGUGUGUUGUGCAUUUGUACUUUCACAGGGGCUCAAAGUCAUGCAAGGACAGGACUCAAUUGAAAUAUGGUAUGUACUCUAUGCAUGACGCCUAUAUUACACCUUUAUGACCUUAUAGUGGUAAAACUGCUGAUCUUUACAGAUGUGGAUUUGGACCAUCUUUUUUUUGGAGGAAAGUUGUAGUGAACCUCGGUCCUUAUCCCACAGACCACUCGCUCCUACCCGGAGCAGCUAAGUGGAAGUUACAGUGGUGCGAGGGCCUGCUGGGGGGCCGUGAACAGGGGUGAAUUUCAUGCUGUUUGAAUGUGAUCUUGCCAAAAAGCCUGUAUGUCUAGCAGGGGAGACUGUGACUGUUCUAUAAGGAGUGUUUGUGUUGUUUAUUUUAAAACAAGCUUUGCUAAUUAAAAUAGUGUAUUCUGGAGUCCUAUUUGAAUGGCAUGAAGGGUAUCAAUGAAGAAGAUACAAAGUA